GGUUUCACCUAUUGGCAACUUUAUAGUGGGCGAUCACACAGAGAUGUGCGAUCUAGCAAUGAUGCGAACGAAGAGUCUUUUUUUUGGCAGCCGGGAGCAACACUCCCAAUAUCAAGUUCUCCAUUAUGUUCCACACCACAUCGUUCAACUUCUAUAAAUCUUCAAUCAACGACCCUGCAAUCUGAAAGCGAGUCAGAUGAAGAAGUUCCUUAAAAGCUACAUUACAGGCAAUUUUAUCUUCACAAACGGCUCUACAAAAGCGGAUGGAAGAAGUCCUCUGCCGUGUGAACUGUUUGGAAGAGUCUGUUAAGGAAUCCUAUGUUUCAUCCUCUAGUAGUUGUGAUGAAAGGAAGAGGAAAAAGCGUUUAUCUUCUGAGCUAUGUGGGUGACUGUGUAUGGAACAAGAGAGUGAAACCAAGCUUCGGGAUGAAUAUCACUUUCUGAUAAAGAAAAUGGAUAUUCAUUAUCUGAGAUAGAUUGUGAGUUGAUAUUUUAUCCUGUAUUAGGUGUUCAUGUUUUUGCAGUGGCUAUUAAACGCUAUUUUGAGUCACGGAAGCGUAAUCACCGUGAGUGUAAACCGGAGCACAAACAAAGAGUGAGUGCACAAGAGAAACAGAGGAAAACAAGGUCUCGACGUCAGCGGCUUUUUGACAGACGCAGAAAAUGUGUUAGGGGAUCUGAGCAGUGUUGGUGGGAUAAGCUUUCAUUAGAAUACAUGAGUUUUCAGUCUAGUGAUGAAGAAGAUAAUAUCACAGUCCAUUCACUGCCUUGGAGAUGCAAAAAACUGAAUGAUUUCCUGGCUGUACUCGACAAAAGAGCAGAUGAAAAUCGCCAAAAGGUUAAACACCAUGCAGCCGAGCGGAAAAGAAGACAACAUGGACCAGAUGCGGCUUCUUACCCUCCGGAAAACUCUCCGAAAUGGACAAUUAACAAGGAUUGGAAGAAAGACCAUGUUCAAGAUCAAGACACCACAGAGCAUAGUAUGGACCUUUCAACUGAGGAGAAAGAACCUGAAUAACUUUCCAGAACAAACUAUUUUGUUAUCAUUUUAAGGCUGUAAAACUAUUGUUGUUGAACUGAAAAUAUACUGUUAAUU